GCCUAAGAUAUAGCAAUUUUUGGGAAGAAGAUUUCCUCUGAAAAUUUAUUUGGUCGACGGAGCUGGAAUCAGCUAUUCAUCCUUCUUCUCCAGAUCCCUCCCUAAUCGUUUCUUUUAGCAGCUCUUUCUCUCUCACCCGAGGUAGGUGUUAAGCUAGAAAGGACGGUCUUUUAGAAGUUAUGGUUCUCGAUGGGAUUGUAUCAUCACCAUUGCGGAGGCCACAUGCUCUAAAGAAGCAAUGGGAUGACUUGGGUAGCUGCUCCUCUGUUGUCCAGAGGCAUCGGUUCCUUUUGACCGCUAUGCUUCUUUUGGCAUUCCUCUGCACCAUUUAUAUCUACUUUGCUGUCACCCUAGGCGCUAGGCACUUGUCUUGUUCAGGGAUGACUGGCAAAGACAAGGCAAUGUGUCAAAUGGAACACGUCCAAGCCACUUUCUCCAAAGGAAAACUGAAAUUCUUGUAGACUGUCAGCCUAAGCUGAUUCAAUUAUAAACAUUUGUUUUCAUUUGUCUCUCUAUUGCAAUGUAUGUCUGUGUAACGGCCUAGAGAACCUACUCUUACCUUAUUCUACUUGGAUUAUGUCCCAAGAUUCACAAUCAUUGUACAAAUAUGAAUCUUCUGUAAUCGAAUAUAUAUGCUAAAAGUUU